UAGUCAAACCUUGCCAGAGGACCCAGCAGAAUCCACCAGCACGGCCAUUGCAGAUCCCAGAGCCCGGCUGCAGGCCUAUAUAGACAGUCAUUCUGUGGUCGUCUUCAGUAAGUCCACGUGCAAACAAUGUACUGAGGUAAAGAAGUUAUUUGAGUCUAUGUGUGUCCCUUAUUUUUUGCUUGAACUUGAUCAAACAGAAGACGGCCCAGGUCUAGAGGCAGCGCUCUCGGAGCUGACCGCGGAGACCGGCGUGCCCGUUGUGUUUGUGAAACAGAGGAAGCUGGGCGGCCAUGGUCCCACCGUGAAGGCAUAUAAGGAGGGGAGACUUGAAAAGCUAUUGAAAAUGAAUGGCUCUGAGGAUCUUCCUGAGUCCUAUGACUAUGACCUUAUCAUCAUUGGAGGUGGCUCAGGAGGACUGGCAGCUGCUAAGGAGGCAGCCAAAUAUGGCAAGAAGGUGAUGGUCCUGGAUUUUGUCACUCCAACCCCUCUUGGAACUAGAUGGGGUCUUGGAGGAACAUGUGUGAAUGUGGGUUGCAUACCUAAAAAACUGAUGCAUCAAGCAGCCUUGUUAGGGCAAGCCAUACAAGACUCUCGCAACUUUGGAUGGAAUGUCGAGGAGACAGUUAAACAUGACUGGGAAAAAAUGACAGAAGCAGUGCAGAAUCAUAUUGGUUCUCUGAACUGGGGCUACCGAGUAGCUCUGCGGGAGAAAAAGGUCGUCUAUGAAAAUGCUUAUGGGCACUUUGUUGGUCCUCAUAGGAUUAAGGCAACAAAUAAUAAAGGCAAAGAAAAAAUUUAUUCAGCAGAGAGAUUUCUCAUUGCCACUGGUGAAAGGCCACGUUACUUGGGCAUCCCUGGUGACAAAGAAUACUGCAUCAGCAGUGAUGAUCUUUUCUCUUUACCUUACUGCCCGGGUAAGACUCUGGUGGUCGGAGCAUCCUAUGUUGCUUUGGAAUGUGCUGGAUUUCUUGCUGGUAUUGGAUUAGAUGUCACUGUUAUGGUACGGUCCAUUCUCCUUAGAGGAUUUGACCAGGACAUGGCCAACAAAAUUGGUGAACACAUGGAAGAACAUGGUGUCAAGUUUAUAAAACAAUUUGUACCAAUUAAAAUUGAACAAAUUGAAGCGGGGACACCAGGCCGACUCAGGGUGGUAGCUCAGUCCACCAACAGUGAGGAAACCAUUGAAGGAGAGUAUAAUACGGUGUUGCUGGCAAUAGGAAGAGAUGCUUGCACAAGAAAAAUUGGCUUAGAGACUGUGGGUGUGAAGAUAAAUGAAAAGACUGGAAAAAUACCUGUCACGGAUGAAGAGCAGACCAAUGUGCCUUACAUCUAUGCCAUUGGGGAUAUAUUGGAAGAUAAGCUGGAGCUCACACCAGUAGCAAUCCAGGCAGGAAGAUUGCUGGCUCAGAGGCUUUAUGCCGGCUCCACUGUCAAGUGUGAUUAUGAAAAUGUUCCAACAACUGUAUUUACUCCUUUGGAAUAUGGUGCUUGUGGCCUUUCUGAAGAGAAAGCUGUGGAGAAAUUUGGGGAAGAAAAUAUUGAGGUUUACCAUAGUUACUUUUGGCCUUUGGAAUGGACAGUUCCAUCAAGAGAUAACAACAAAUGCUACGCAAAAAUAGUCUGUUAUAUUAAAGACAAUGAACGUGUUGUGGGCUUUCAUGUAUUGGGUCCAAAUGCUGGAGAAGUUACACAAGGCUUUGCAGCUGCGCUCAAGUGUGGACUGACCAAAAAGCAGCUGGACAGCACCAUUGGAAUCCACCCCGUCUGUGCAGAGCUCUCAGUGGUCUGGUUGCAAGAAAAAGACCGCUGUGUGCUGGACUCUGACCCCCUCACGUGGUUGUGUUGUGAUCCAGCAGCGGCGAGCACAGCAGCAUCUGGCAGGAUGACUGCCAUCUGGGCAGAAAGAUUCA